UCUCAUUUUUUGACAGUGCUUUCUUCAAUGCACCUGAACAAAAUGAUCAUGGAGUGACUUAUGAGUGAGUCACCGAGUUAGGGUUUUAAACUCAACUCACUUUUUCUUACAUUAUCACCGGCUUAUUUUUCUCCGCUCACUAUAUUAUUUCUUUUUUGGUUUUCUGGCGAGUUUUUUUUUCUUUCAGAUUUUCUGGUGAUAGGAGGAGAAGAAUGAAAUAUAAUUAUUUGAUAAUCCAAAUAGGUUUCAACCUCCAAAGGUUUUGAGUGAAAUUACAUCAGGCUUUGGAACCACUCUUAAUUGCUUUCUUCACCUCAAAGUUAGAGGCUUUUUCCUCUCAUUGUUCUCCUCACAAAACCUUUUGUGGCUUCAAAAAACAGCUUCAUUUUCGUUUGGUAGUUGAGAUAUGGCUAUAUCAUUGACCCGUUUCUCAUCAUGGGCCAUGUGGGGUGGUAGGAAAAAGGAGAAAGAGCAAGUUGCUAAUGCCACUUGUUUGAAUUCAUCAACAACUUCUGAAUGGGGUGUUGCUUUGAAGGAACGUGAGGUGGUUAAGUUCCCUUUGGUGAAGGAAAACAAGAAGAUUAUUGGAAGGAAAAAACAAGAGAGGAGGGAAGAGACAAGAAUUGAUAGAGAGUGUGAUGUUGGUGAUUGGUGUCUUUUGUCUGGUUAUGAAUCUGAUGACUCAGAUUGGUCUAUUGGGUGGUUGGAACCUCUUGGUUCUGAUUUUGAUGAUAAUGAUGGUGAUGAGUCUGGUGAUAGUUUUGCUGUUUUGGUUCCUUGUUAUUCACCUGGAUGCAAGGAGAUUAAAGGCUCAAACAAUGUGCUCUUGAGUGCCAUUAAGAAUCUCCCUAAUGGAUUUUCUUCUGAUGGGAAGAAUUACAUGGAACAAUGGCUGGCUUCUCUACAGAAUUUUGGAGCCUAGAGAAGAAAAAAAUAAAAACUUGUUCAUCUUUAUGGUCCUUGCUAACAAACUUCUACAAGUUACAAAAUAGCAAGUUAAUGAAGAGUACAAUUAGAAUGAUAGGGGCAGUAGGGAAGCUCAAAAGCCUAGUCUAUUAUUAGUAUUAACUGUAGAUGCUACUUUAUCUAUCUAAGUGAAAAAAUACAAAAAUUAACAAACUCAAGAAAAAUUUAAAAAAUAAGCAUUUUAACCAAACCCUUGUACAUUUGGAAACAUUUAUCUUAUUUAUUAUAUUCAUUAAUAUUGCAAUCUUUUAGUUGGCA